AUGGCCAGUAUCGAUAAGCCGCUACCAGAAACCCAGGUCUCAAGGCCUGGUGACUUCGAAGCUGUCAGAAAGUCUGUCAUUGAUCUUCUCCGCCAGCCUGACUAUGACGAUGGAAGUGCUGGCCCUGUUCUUGUGCGCCUAGCCUGGCACUCUUCUGGCACAUAUGACGUAACAACAGAUACUGGAGGUUCAAACGGCGCGGGCAUGCGCUACGAGGCCGAGGGUGGCGAUCCCGCCAACGCCGGCCUUCAGAAUGCUCGCCUCUUCCUAGAGCCCAUCAAGCGUCUUCACCCAUGGAUCACAUACUCAGACCUAUGGACACUUGCCGGUGUAACGGCCAUCCGAGCCAUGGGCGGUCCGGAAAUCGAUUGGCUUCCGGGGCGGACAGACUUUACCGACGACAGCAAGCUUCCACCUCGCGGUCGUCUUCCUGAUGCGGCUCAAGGAGCAGACCAUAUCCGAGACAUCUUCUACCGAAUGGGAUUCAACGACCGGGAGAUUGUAGCCCUCAGUGGCGCGCACAGUCUUGGACGAUGCCACACGGAAAACUCGGGAUUCGAGGGCAAAUGGGUCAACAACCCGACACGAUUCUCGAAUCAAUAUUUCCGCCUCCUGCUGUCUGAGAAGUGGACUGAAAAGACAGUCCCCGAAUCUGGUGUUCUUCAGUUCUCUUCUGUUGACCCGGACACAGAAGAGGAGUUGAUGAUGCUUCCAACCGAUAUAGCUCUGACAACAGACCCCGAGUUCUCCAAGUACGUCCGUCUUUAUGCCGAAGACAAGGAGCUGUUCUUCAACGACUUCAAAGCAGCAUUUGCCAAGCUGCUGGAGCUGGGAAUAGCAAGAGACGCAGAGGGGAACAUCACAAACAGCGAUAAUGAGAAGGGAGGAUAUAGAAGCGCGCCAAAGAAGAGUGAUUCGGUCUCGACAAAUGCAGAGUUUGGGCAAGGGGCCAAGACAAAUGGUUGUCCUGUUAUGCACGCCAGGGCAAAGCUCUGA